UUUAGAGAGAGAGAGCGAGGGGAAUAAAUUAAAGGACAAGCUUUGUGCCAUUUUUUUAGCUUCCAAAAUCUCCCACUUUGGUUUUUUGCAUGUUAUUUUUAAUCACAUUUUCCUAAUUGCUGUGUUUUUUGUCACGUUGGGUUUCUUGGCUAUGUCUUCAGAAUCUUCAUCCACCUCGGUGGCCGUAACAGAUGGACAAUCCAAGCAUUCCAGGAAACCCAAUUAUUCCAAAUUCUCCCAACAAGAACUCCCUGCAUGGCAACCAAUUCUAACACCUGGUUGGGUCAUUUCAAUAUUUACUGUUAUUGGACUGGUCUUCAUUCCUGUUGGCCUUGCAUCAUUGUUUGCAUCUGAGAGUGUUGUGGAAGUUCCAUUCCGAUAUGAUGAUGAAUGCAUUCCACCUAAUUAUAAAAAUAAUGCAGUGGCAUAUAUUAAAGACGACGGAUCAAACAAAACUUGCAUGGGAAAAUUAACUGUUAAGAAUAAAAUGAAAGCCCCUAUUUAUGUCUAUUAUCAGCUUGAUAACUUUUACCAAAACCAUCGCCGAUAUGUUAAAAGUAGAGAUGCUAAACAACUGAGAAAUAAGGCAUAUGAAAAUGAAGUAAGCACAUGUAGUCCGGAAGACUAUACAACAAAUGGCCAUCAACCAAUUGUUCCUUGUGGCCUUAUUGCGUGGAGUCUGUUCAAUGACACAUACAAACUCUCAAACAAUGACAAGGAUUUGGAGAUCAACAAAAAGAACAUAGCAUGGAAGAGUGACAAAUCGGCAAAAUUCGGGUCUGAUGUUUAUCCAAAGAAUUUUCAGGCUGGAGGUUUGGUUGGGGGUGCUAGACUCAAUGAGAGCAUACCUUUGAGUGAACAAGAGGAUCUCAUUGUUUGGAUGAGAGCAGCAGCAUUGCCUACUUUCAGAAAAUUAUAUGGGAAGAUUGAAACUGACAUUGAAGUUAAUGAAGAAAUAUCUAUCGUGAUAGAGAACAAUUAUAAUACAUAUGAGUUUGGAGGCAGAAAAAGCAUGAUUCUUUCAACCACUACUUGGAUUGGUGGAAGAAAUAACUUCUUGGGAAUGGCAUAUAUUUUCAUUGGCGCGGUUUCCUUGUUAUUGGCUAUAGGUUUCCUUCUUCUCUAUGUGACUCAGCCAAGACCACUAGGGGAUCCAUCAUACUUGUCUUGGAACAGAAAUCCAGGAAGUUUAAGAUGAUAUGGGUUUUAUCUUUAGAAUUGAUUAGCAAUUCAGCAUCCCAUGUCUCAAGAAAGGGAUCUGUGAGGAGGCAUGUUUUUGGGAAUGAGUUGGUGAACUUCAAUCUUGAUGUAUCCGAAAACUUCCCCACCAUUAAUAUAUGGCUAG